CCUCUGACCAGCUGCUGUCGUAUCAAAACAUUGUCGGUCCUUCAAAGAUUAGUGACAUCUUGAUUUGACUUCUGAGAAUCUGUUGGCUUUUAGAAACUUUAUAUUUUCUGAGCACCAUGGCUGCUAAAAAGAUUGGCAAAAUUGCCUUUAAAAAUUCAGCUCUUUUCAUAUGCGAUAUGCAAGAGAAAUUCCGGCCGACAAUCCAGUACUUUCCGCAAAUUAUCAACGUCGCUAACCGGCUGUUGACUGCUGCACAGGAGUUGGAAAUGCCUGUCCUUGUCACAGAACAGUACCCCAAAGGCCUGGGCCCAACUGUGUCUGAGCUGGACGUAAGUCAACACAAAGUCUUCCCCAAAACUUGUUUCUCCAUGAUAGUCCCAGACGUCCAAGCAGAGCUGGAAAAAUGUAGUGAUGUCAAGUCCAUUGUUUUAUGCGGCAUUGAAGCCCAUGCUUGUGUACAGCAGACCGUGUUUGACCUUGUGGAGAAAGACUACGACGUCCAUGUAGUCGUUGACGCCUGCUCAAGUCGCAGUCUUGUCGAUCGCAUGUACGCUUUGCAGAGGAUGCGAGAAGUCGGGGCACACCUGACCACGAGUGAGAGCAUCUUGCUGGGACUGCUCAAAGACGCCGCUCAUCCGAAGUUCCGACAGGUGCAAAAGGUGAUCUGGGACCCGGCCCCGGACAGCGGUCUGCUGAGUGGGUUUCCCCAAGAUGGGACGGCUGUCUAGAUGAUUUUUCUUUUCCCGUUCUUUUACCCUUGCGUUGUUGACAUAAUUUUGAUUGUGAAUGAUUUGCCUGUCACUGUAGACUGUUUUAUAUGUUUUUGUCUGUCUGUCUGUCUGUCUGUCUGUCUGUCU